UAGAGUUUGAGGGGUUUGAAGGACUAUUGAUUUUUUUAUUUUCUUGAAUUUCUUAAAGUUGCAUUCUUUUUGAACUUUCAUUGCUUGUUAGAGUUUGAGGGGUUUAUUGUUUUUGUGUUUUCUUGAAGUUUCAAUUUUUUUUUUUAAUUAUUUUGUUUGUUAGAGUUAAAGGGGUUUGAGGGAAGAGGAAGGAGAUGAAGAAUGAUGAUCAAGCAAGGUUUUUGUUUGGGAUUUCACUAUCUGAUAGACCCAAAUGGCAACAAUUCCUCAUUUGCUCUUCUGGAUUCUUCUUUGGUUAUCUUGUUAAUGGCUUGUGUGAGGAGUAUGUAUACAAUCGGCUGGGAUUCAGCUAUGGGUGGUAUUUUACCUUUGUACAAGGUUUUGUAUACCUAUUUCUCAUACGUGUACAGGGUUUCACCACAAAGCAAAUGGUGAACCCGUGGAAAACUUAUGUGAAGCUAUCUAUUGUACUCAUGUGUUCUCAUGGAUUAACAAAGGGCUCCUUGGCUUAUCUAAACUAUCCAGCACAAAUCAUGUUCAAAUCCACUAAGGUACUACCGGUAAUGGUAGUGGGUGCCUUUAUGCCUAGCUUGAGGAGAAAAUACCCGGUUCAAGAAUAUGUCUCAGCUGUGCUUUUUGUUGGGGGCCUGAUAUUUUUCACCUUAGCGGAUGCCAAUACUUCGCCAAACUUCAGUAUCAUCGGUGUCAUUAUGAUAACUGCUGCACUGGUGAUGGACUCUUUUCUCGGUAAUCUGCAGGAAGCGAUUUUUACACUGAAUCCUGAUACCUCUCAGAGGGAGAUGCUAUUCUGCUCAACAGUUGUUGGCGCACCUGUUCUACUUCUGCCCAUGAUAUUAACUGGAGAACUCUUCAUUGCAUGGAAAUCAUGUUCCGAGCAUCCGUAUAUUUAUGGGGUCUUGGUAUUUGAAGCAAUGGCCACAUUCAUCGGUCAAAUUUCAGUGUUAUCACUCAUUGCUAUUUUUGGUGCCGCCACUACUGCUAUGGUAACGACAGCAAGAAAGGCAGUGACAUUGUUGUUGUCAUACAUGAUCUUUACCAAGCCUCUAACCGAACAACAUUGCUCCGGAUUGCUGUUAAUAUCUAUGGGAAUUGUUUCGCGACUCUUGCCAGAGAAUAAACCUUCCCAACGAGCUGUGAAAUCAGAUAACAUUAGGCAAAGUCAUGACAAAGACGACAAUCUAUCAUCAGAAAAUGUUGCAGAUGAAGAGAAGAGACCAUUAGUAUGUGCUUGAAAAAAGUUAAAAAAAAAAUUAGCUGAAGGAAAACUAGUUGUUAGUUGUUUUUGUUCUCUCUUUUGCUUUUUUUGUUGUUUUUUUAAGCCUAUUUGCUUUAUUUGAAAGAUUUAUUUUUUCUUUUUUGGGUUGUAAAGGACAGAAUAACAAAAGCUCUAUUAAGGUGGGGUUUCUUUUGUUGAAUUUUAGAACUCUCAAAAAAAAAUUAAAAAAAUUAAGGGAAUUCUUUCAUUUA